AGGAUAAAACAAAAAAAAAAAGUAUGGAAGGAAGCAAUGAAACAUGCGUUUACAAGAACCAAGACGCGCCAGUGGAGGCGCGUGUAAAGGAUCUUCUCUCUCGCAUGACUCUACCGGAAAAGAUAGGCCAGAUGACUCAGAUCGAACGCGUCGUCACUACUCAUCCCGUCAUUACAGAUUACUUCAUCGGUAGUGUACUGAAUGGUGGAGGGAGUUGGCCGUUCGAGGACGCUAAGACGUCGGAUUGGGCUGAUAUGAUUGACGGUUACCAAAACGCAGCGUUAGCGUCGCGUUUGGGAAUUCCGAUCAUCUAUGGCAUUGAUGCUGUCCAUGGCAACAACAAUGUCUACGGAGCCACUAUCUUUCCCCACAACAUUGGCCUCGGAGCCACCAGAGAUGCAGAUUUGAUCAGAAGAAUUGGGGCUGCAACAGCACUUGAAGUAAGAGCUUGUGGCGCUCAUUGGGCGUUUGCUCCAUGCGUGGCCGCUUUGAGAGAUCCGAGAUGGGGGCGAUCCUAUGAGAGUUACAGUGAAGAUACUGACAUUAUAUGUGAGUUGAGUACGCUUGUCUGGGGUCUACAAGGCGAGCCACCCAAAGAACAUCCUAAUGGUUACCCUUUUCUUGCAGGAAGAAACAAUGUGGUCGCUUGCGCUAAGCAUUUUGUUGGAGAUGGUGGUACCGAUAAGGGCAUAAAUGAAGGGAACACCAUUGCGUCAUACGAAGAGUUGGAGAAAAUACAUCUUGCACCAUAUCUGAAUUGUCUUUCUCAAGGAGUCUCUACGGUUAUGGCGUCUUACUCUAGUUGGAACGGAAGUAAACUCCAUUCCGACUAUUUCCUCUUAACCGAACUUCUCAAACAGAACCUCGGUUUCAAGGGAUUUGUCAUUUCUGACUGGGAAGCUUUGGAACGGCUUAGCGAGCCAUUCGGUUCAAACUACCGCAACUGCGUCAAAAUAUCAGUUAAUGCUGGAGUCGACAUGGUGAUGGUGCCUUUCAAGUAUGAACAGUUUAUAAAGGACCUAACAGAUCUGGUGGAGUCAGGGGAAGUAAAGAUGUCUCGGAUCGAUGAUGCUGUUGAGAGAAUACUCAGAGUGAAGUUUGUUGCGGGUCUUUUUGAACAUCCUCUCACGGACCGGUCUUUAUUGGGUACUGUUGGCUGCAAGGAACAUAGAGAACUGGCGCGUGAAUCAGUUAGAAAGUCGUUAGUUCUCCUAAAGAACGGAAAAAAUUCUGAGAAGCCAUUUCUGCCACUAGAUCGCAAUGCCAAGAGAAUUCUAGUCACUGGAACGCACGCGGACGAUCUUGGAUAUCAGUGCGGGGGAUGGACAAAGGCAUGGUUCGGUCUAAGUGGCAGGAUCACAAUCGGCACAACGCUUUUGGACGCCAUUAAAGCAGCAGUUGGAGACAAGACCGAAGUGAUCUACGAGAAGACUCCUUCCGAAGAAACUUUAGCCUCGGUGCAAGGCUUCUCCUACGCCAUUGUUGCAGUGGGGGAAACUCCCUACGCAGAGACAUUGGGAGAUAACUCGGAACUCACAAUACCCUUGAACGGUAACGACAUUGUAACUGCAGUAGCAGAGAAAAUCCCGACUCUUGUGGUCUUGUUCUCAGGACGGCCUUUGGUUCUUGACCCGCCGGUUCUUGAUAAGACUGAGGGUCUGGUCGCUGCUUGGCUUCCUGGAACCGAAGGGCAAGGAAUGAGUGAUGUCAUUUUUGGAGAUUAUGACUUCGAGGGGAAUUUACCAGUGAGCUGGUUCAAACGCGUUGACCAGUUGCCGUUAACAGCUGAUGCCAAUUUGUAUGAUCCAUUGUUUCCUCUUGGUUUUGGUCUCAACUACAAUUCCGGUGAGAACUCAAAACCAGUUUUGACUUCACCAAUCUGAUGGAAUGUGUGAAACUGUGAUAUUUGAUAUUCAGAGUGAUGCUUGGACUAGUGUGCAUAUAAAUAAGUACGUGGUUUUGUAUCUUGUUUCCAAUAAAGUUGAAAAGGUAAG